AUGCAAUUGCUUGCCCUUGCGAUUGCUUUGGCAACUAGUAUUUGCGGUGUACAGGCACAAAAUCCAGGAGACAAUGACUUCAGACAAAGGUGGUUUUUGAAUGUCACGGUUGGGGGUGUAUUCGAUGAAAUUCCUCAAUGCGCGAAAGCAUGCACUCUCGGAUAUCUUGAAAUGACCGGAUGCAAUCCCCUUGACCCCUCGUGUUUCUGCCCAAUUCCAGAUAUUGCACAAGGUCUUGAUACUUGCCUUGCGUGGUUCUGCCCAGUCCUUGGUUAUUACGACGGACUUUACUUAUACCACUCCACAUGCAACUCUCCGAUUCGAAAUCAAGCAGCCCCACUAUCCAACGACGUGAUUGCUGUAGCUUCUAUCGCUUUUGUAGCCCUAAUACUACGAUUCAUCACACGCUUGCCACCUCUCUCUGUCGAGUGGGGCAUUGACGAUUGGCUCGCGGCAGCACUUGUGCCAGUGGCUGGAGCCUAUCUUGCAGUCAUCCUCUUGGCAAUUGACUCAGGCCUGGGUCAAGAUGCCUGGAUGCUCAAACCCCAAAAGGUUGCUGACGUGGUCAAAUACUAUACUUUUCAGGAACUUGGCUACGUCACAAUCACCUUCAUGACCAAAAUCACCGUCCUAGCCUUUUACCUCCGAGUCUUCUCAAUAGGCCGGGUCCACCAACUCUCCUACCUUUUCAUUGGAAUCUGCACAUGCCUGCUGAUAUCCAUAUUCCUCGCCCACCUCCUCCAAUGCCUCCCAAUCUCCUUUCUCUGGCAACAGUGGCAAGGCACUCUGAUACCCCAGCCCAAAAACCCAAUCUGCAGCGUCCAACGCAACAACCUAAACUACGCCUUCAACAUCACAAACGUCAUCAUGGACGGUAUCAUCACCGUCCUGCCCAUCCCCAGAUUACUUCAACUAAAAGUCACCUGGCAGAGAAAACUCGGCGUUUUACUCGUUUUCUGCGUCGGUUUCCUUAUAACAGGUAUAUCCGUAACCAGAAUCGCAAUCCUCAUGCAAUCCGACUUUUCCUACAACAGAUCCUGGUCCAACAUCCCCGUCGUAAAAUGGUCCGCCAUCGAAGCUUUCCUCAGCAUCGCCGUAACAUGUUUCCCGCCAAUCCACUACCUCGCCAAGCGCAUCAUCGCUCUCUGGUACAAGCCCGACGACGAUGCCACUCAGCAGCGCCAUGGCGGCAGUAAACAGACCUUUGCGUCGUCGUCGAAUGCGGGGAAUUCGUACAGGGGGAAGGGGCUGGCGGCGUAUGAGAAUAUCGAGAUUGGGGAGAGGAGGUAGGUAGAGAAGGGAAACUUGUUCUUUUGGAACGGCAACGAGGAACAAUGUAAAUGGAAUUGGAUACAUGUGUAUAU